CCAUUCAAUCCCAUCUCGCUCUUUGAGUCACCCAUGAUCCAUAGUUAACUAGGUAGGUCUCCUGAUUGCCUUACUUAACUAACUCUACCCUGGUGGAUCCACUGACCCUAGUGGUCCGCAUGACAUGAUGUAUCGAUGGCUUCAAACUCCCCUCAUAUAAGUUGUUCCCUUUGAUCACCUGAAGCAUUGGUUCGUUUUUCUUGCGCUACCCUCUAGUAUUUCCCCCUGUGCAACCAUACUACUAUUGCUCUCUCCGUUAUACUCCGUACUCCGUGAUUAUCUCCGCCGUCACCUUUUUACCGCCAUCUCUUCCGCGACCCUAUACUGCGGUUGAGAUGGUUGGCUCUUUUCUCUUUCUAUCUUGUCGUUAUAUAUGCCUCUGAAAAUGCCUAUCUUUCAAGAUCCAGAUCGUCAACGGUUUUAUAACUUGUGGUCUGACGACCGCCGCAGCCAUAGCCGCCAACGCCACCCGCUGGUAAAUGAGGAGGAUCAACGACAGAAGGCGCUCUCCUGGUCUCAUAAUCAUGGACGCAGUUGGCAGCCCAGUCCGGACCAGACAAACCCGGUGUUUCCAUCUGAUAGUCCGGCAUUAUACAAUACGUCCGGUGUCCAUACGAAUGACCGAGAGGAGCUCAUCCGGUAUAUAAAAAGCACCGAUCCUUCGAAAUGGAACCGACCCGCUUUGGCAGGAGAGACAAGUGCUGGUCACUGUCAUCUCCCCCAAACAUGCAAUGAAACUCCGGACGUUAGAGCCGAUCCCAAUCAUAAUACCGUCUCUAGUGGUCCUCCGUUGGAUGACCAACAGCUAGCGUCCCCGGCCGAUAUUGAACGCCCCCGGUCAGCAUUACAUUCGGGCGAUUUUCGAGAAGGCACUCCUCAGCGCCAGGAUGGACAGCAAUUGCCACAGUCUGGGCCGAGUCCCUGUGCCGAUUACCAACCUCCCCCUCUGGGCAGUUCUCCCACCACGCCUUGGUUCAGCCCGUCGUUGUUCUCUUCGGCUCGUGGGCCAUCGACAUCAUUUCAUCUUCCCAGUGACAAAUAUACACCAACAGCCCGUGCGAGGGCACCAUCGUUGGGGUCGUUUUCUUCAAGUUACGUUUUGAAGACCCCGACAAGCCCCCUGGUAUACCAAGCAAACAAUACAGACUUGGAUUUUUCUCCAAAGACCGACGCGAUCGACCAAUCGGAGUCAUGGGGAAAGGCCAAUCGUCGUCGUACAUUACCCCCGAAACAUAUGCAGUUCGGGGUCUCCCCCGGUCACUGGAAUGAGCCAAGCUCCUUUCAGCGCUCAUUUACGUCGCCAUAUAGCCUUCAGUUGGCAUCAUCUGUUCAAACACCAUGCCCAAGUGCCCGAAGGCUAUCCCUGGUGUCCGAAAGACCUGCCAAAGCACUCGCCCCGAUGGUGGGUUCUUAUGAAGAGUCUAUCCUACGGGGCAGGAUGUCGACCAACCCAUCAAAGCCGCUGGACUUUACUGCCCAGAUUGGCGUGCUUGGCAAGGGGAAUUGUAAAGCUAAUCUUAGAUGUCCUCCACACGUCACGAUACCGUUUCCGGCGGUCUUCUAUAGCUAUCCAACAUCUGGGUGCGGACGAUCGAUAUCAGACGACAACCCCAGCCCUUACGUUGGUCUCAUCGACCUCGAAAACACCCUUCCGAAGGAUACGUCAGGAGCCAGCCAACGCCGUAGGCAUCAUCAGAGCCAAACCCCAACACACAACGGUCAAAGCGCUCUACCUCCUACGCUCAACGAUCAGGGAGCUAUACGCAAGCGGGAGAAAAAGCAUCGGAGGGCUGAGUCCCCUAAGUCUCCACCAGGCGGUUGUUAUCGGAUCCCGCAACAAGGCCAGCUCCAGAUCAUGAUCAAAAAUCCAAACAAAACGGCGGUUAAGCUGUUCCUCGUCCCGUACGACCUGAGCGAUAUGGAGCCAGGCUCGAAGACAUUCUUCCGGCAAAGGAGCUAUUCCGCAGGUCCCAUCAUCGACAUGCCCUUGCACGCUCGAAAGAACUACGGGACCGACCGUCCAGAAGCGUCUCUGAAUACUUCGGAAGAUCCCCAAGACAAGCCUAUAUUGAGAUACAUGGUCCAUCUCAACAUCUGCAGUCCCUCUCGAGGCCGUUUCUAUCUUCACUCCGUUAUUCGUGUCGUAUUCGCAAAUCGGGUACCCGAUGGAAAGGAAAGUUUGCGGAACGAGAUACAGCACCCAGAACCUCGCUAUACACCUUAUCGUCCGUCUCGGGACUCCAACCAUAGCCACUGUGGCGCAAAGCUGAGCUCUCAAAGGUCUUCCACUGGUCGAGAGUCCGCCGCAGUUUCGCAUCCGAGUCCCUCCGCCCGGACGCCAGGAGCGCCGGCUACAAGAGAGGCGACACCGGGCGCAAUCAACCCGGAGGACACUCAAUCGCAUCAACGUCCCCCGCAUCCCUUCCAACCUAUCCCUUCUUUGCGGGAAGAAUCUCUGCCGGCACAUGAUGCAACGCCAACGGAGGCAUACGCUCCUGGCACCAGUCACUAUAGUAAGCUUAAUACCGAGGAUACUGGAUAUUCUCGCUAUCCAUUUAGCUCUUUCAACGGAUCCAAAGCCCGGGAAAGUCUCCUGGCCAAAAGAUUGAGGGAACUCGAGGUACAAAAACCCGACCCGCAAACCAUGGAUUGA